GGCAUGUGCUGCUGUGAGCUGUGCUGCACUGCAGGAUACCCCGCUGUGUCUGGAGGGUCUGUAAACAUGAAGCUGCUUAAGGUUCUCAUUAUCCUGCUCUUUGUGGUACUUGCAGAUGGUGUACAAUCCAAAAGAUGCUUUAACAAUGUAUCAGGCUACUGCAGGAAGAGAUGCAAAUUAGGGGAGAUAGCGGAGGUGGGAUGUCUGCAUGCAAAAUACUGUUGCGUCAAUGAACUGGAAAACAAAAAGCACAAAGUCACCCAGGAGCCAGUCCAGUCCAAAGAGACAUCAAACGGAAUCCAAGACGAAAUAGUCCUGCCCACGGCCACAUACUUCCCCAUCACCAUUUGAAUGAGCCGUUUGAUCCUCAAGGCCCUCGUCCUCCAAGGCCCCGUGGAAUCCAGUGGGCUGCUCAGAUCUGCUCUUUCCUCCCAUGCAUUUGGUGCCCCACAUAAUAAAGUUCAACAGUUUUGUCUGAA